AUGACAUUCCCGUUUUCUAUUGUGUGCGAAUUGCUCCAGAGCCUUGAAAACGACCAGAGGCGCAGACGAAACCAAAAAGGGGAACGAGCGAUUAUCGAGGACUGGUUUGCGCGAUAUCGACAAGAGCUGGACGACGAAGGCACUGACAAGUGCGCUCUGCUGUCCACAUUGCUACCGGAGGCUCGCACCGAUCGUGUGUUCGGCAUCAAGGAGAAGACUCUCCAGCCAAAGAUUGCCCGAGCAUGUGGACUCGGCCACUCGAGGGUCAAGGAGUUGAGCAGAUGGACAGUCCCGGGGUCUCCCCUUGACCUAGCUGAAUGCGCCGAGGAGAUAGUCCAGCAAACCCCAAACGUGCGAAGAGCCACUGUCACGGUAGAGGAGAUCGACACCCUGCUUCAUGCCUUGGCAUCCAAAAACUCGUUCAGUGCACCGUCAGUAAGGGCUUCGGGAAUUCCGUCCACCGGCCCUUCCAGUUCGAAGCAUGAUGGAUCUCUUGAGACACUGUUCCGCUGUCUGACCGCAAGAGAGGCAAAAUGGGCCAUAAGACUGAUUCUCAAGAACUUUCUUCCCGUCGUUAUCCCGGAAUGGUUGGUGUAUGCUCGCUGCCAUCACCUUUUGCCUACCAUAAUGAAGAUACACGAUGACUUCACUAUUGCAACACGUUUGCUGGAGCAAGAGCGCCGCCGUGUGACAUUCGGAGAGAUUCUGCCCGAGGACCUACCAAGACUGCUCAAGCCUCAAAUUGGUGUCAAAGUCGGCCGCCAGACGUGGCUCAAAGGCCGCAGCAUCAAGCAUUGUCUUGAAAUGGGCAGGGGGUUCAUGAGCGUUGAGAGAAAACUGGAUGGCGAGUACUGCCAGAUUCAUAUUGACCUCUCUAAGGGCUCAAACAGCAUACAGAUAUUCUCGAAGAGUGGCAAGGAUAGCACUCAAGAUAAGAAACAGCUUCACAGUGCCAUCGAAGCUUCUUUGGGGCUGGGCACUCCCUGGUGUAAGUUCAAGCACUGCUGCAUCCUCGAGGGAGAGCUGGUAGUGUACAGCGAUAAGGAACAAAAGAUACUUGGGUUCGACAAAAUACGAAAGCAUAUUAGCAGAUCCGGACGAUUCAUCGGCGAGGACAGUCAGGCUCACGAGUGGGAGCACUUGAUGAUUGUCUACUUCGAUCUGCUCCGCGUUGAUGACGAUUCGCUUCUAAACGUUCGGCACUCUACACGUUUCUCACGGCUCUCCCAAUUGGUGCAUUGUCAGACUGGGCGAGCGGCGCUCGUCCAGCGGCAGAUCAUCAAUUUCUCGUCACGGGUCGCUGCUGAUGACCUCAAAGAAGCCUUUGCAUCUUGCAUUGUCAGGCGAGAGGAGGGGCUUGUGAUCAAGCCUGAUGAGCCAUAUUUCAGCUUCGGCCGCAGCAAACGAAGGUAUGCAUCCUGCUGUGUGAAGCUUAAAAAGGGGUUUAUCAAGGGGAUGGGAGAGAUCGGAGAUCUAGCCGUGGUCAGCGGCCGCUACUGCUCUACCAAGGCCAAAGUACUCAAAAUGCCAACGGUCAAAUUCACCCAUUUCUAUCUCGGCUGUCUCACGAACAAAGAGGCCGUCGAACGGUGGGAUGCGAAGCCGGAGUUUGUGGUUGUGAACGAGAUCGAGGUCAACUCUACGAUGAUGGAACACUUGCGGAGGACAUGGAUCAUGGACACGGUGCCGUUGGGAGAUGACAAGGCGCCGGUUCUCAACGUGCCACCCGGUAUUGCUCAGGGAAGGAAGAUCACUAUAGCCUUUACCGACCCUGCAGUCUUUGAGAUGACUUGCUUCUCCUUCCACAAGGAACCCGACACGAGGUUCUGGAGCUUGCGAUUCCCCUACGUCUCAAAGGUCCACUCUGAAAGGACCUGGAAGGAGUGCGUGACUUUUCAAGAGCUGCAAGAACUUGCGGAGGAGGAAUUGAAGUGUCCGGACAGAGAAGACGGCCAGGAGUUGGCGCGGUGGAUUGAAGCUCUAGAGGAAGCUGAGCCCAAGACGCGGAAGGAGACUUUCUUGGACGAGAGCCAGUCCACGGAAACAACAGCGAGCACAUCCGCCUCCCAGCCCAUGACGCCACAACGCAACAUCGAAGAAUCCCCUGUCAGGCCACCUCCCGCCAGUGUCAUUGCUGCUGUCAAGGCCGGGUUGCCGACGCCUCCCACGUCGUCCGCAAUCCAGCCUCUGAAGGACUCCAGUCCAGCACCGAAACAGCCAACUCAGGGGUCAUCUCGCAAGCGACGGAGAGAACCAUUGUUGGGUUCACCGCGUAGAACGAAGCCAAGGGAGAACGAACCGGAGGUCAUCGACUUGACAUCACCAACGCUAACUAACAGCCAGCGGAGUCAACGCCAGCCGCUUGAGGAUAUCACAUCGGCGCCAUCCUCCCAGGGAAACAUACUCACGCCCACUGGGCCACGCCUGCCCAGUGCCCUGACAGAACACGAGGAGAAAGACGACUUGGAUUCGAGACCACUUCCACCUAUUGCUCCGAUGCUGUCUGAUCCAAGCUCUCUCCUGCCUCAGAGGCGGUCGCCGUUGCCAUGCGGGUAUGCCGGCAGGGUAUGCGCACUGGCGGGCUUCUCUGUGCUCCUUUCCCCGUGCAUCGCAAACAUUCCUUUGCUUACCGAGGACAUACUGCCGGCUCACGGAGUCAACGCCGUUUUCACCGACAUCCCGUCAUGGCUUGCGUCGCAUGGGGCCCGAGUCGGCACCACCCGGAGACCCCGGACGCUUGUGCUCGUCGAACGACACCGCAGUGAGCCCACGAGCGCCUUCCUUCGAGAGCUCGAGUCCAGGCCACUGCGUAGGCGGAACGGGCAGGCGGAGAUUGUCCUUGCGUACGACUGGCGGCUUUUGGAGGCAAUCACGGAGGAGGAGAGGAGGAACCUGAAGAGCGAUGGCGGUGGGACGAGGCAGACGGCGAGGACAGGUGCGAACCGGGAGGACCUUUGGAGUAGGCAUUAUGUUGGGUGCAUUGAUGAGAGCAAGGAUUGA